AUGUUUUCUGAAAAAUGGGAUUCGAUAGUAUUAACAAGAGACUGGCAUUGUAAAGAUCAUGUAUCCUUUGCUAAAAAUCAUAAUUUACCUAAUUUUGCACCUUUUGUCUAUUGUUCCCCUGUAGUUAAUGAUGAAAGGAAAAUAGAGUCAACUUUAUGGCCUGUCCAUUGUAUUGAAGACACUGAAGGUGCUGAUAUUGCUCCUUCUUUACAAGCUGUUUUAAGGAAGCAUCCAGAAAUCGUUUUAGUGAAUAAGGGCUAUUUAAAAGAUAGAGAAUAUUAUUCCGCAUUCUGUGAUAUUUGGGAUGAUCAUAAUACUGAAUUACAUGAAAUUUUACAACAAGAUGGGAUCGAUGAAGUAGUGGUUGUUGGAUUAGCAUUGGAUUAUUGUGUAAAAAACUCUGCAAUUUCUGCUGCUAAAUUAGGAUAUAAAACGACUAUUUUAAAAAAAUAUACUCGUGCAAUUGAUAAUCAUAAAGACUCAUUAAGAAGAUUAGCCAAAGAAUUCGAGUAUUAUGGAGUAAUCCUUGAUGAAAGCUAA